GGAUAAUGAAAAUCUGUUACACGCACGAAAAAGAUCUGUGUUCUGUAUUUCAAGUCAGCAAAAGUAAAAGUAAAAAAAAUAGAAAAGCUUUAAAUUAUUUCUCAAAGGGUUCCAAGACUGAACAAAGUCAUAGCAUAUCCAAAGAAAGUGUUAUAUUGAACUGUUAAUAAUGUCUGCUGUAUUAAACAUUUGCAUUUUAAGUUCAAGCUGGAAAUGAAAAUGCUCCUGUUUCAGCACUGGUUGCUGUGCUACAAAUGGACAUUACUGCACUGAAAUCCAAUGAAACAAGAAUUACCAGGUUAAAUGCAGGCCUUACAGCAAUGUCAAACAUACAUAGAUGCAGUUAAGAAAAUUAAACUCUAUAGUUGUUGAUUUAAGGGACAAGAAGGAAACAUCAAGCAAGUAUUCAGAAUCCUGCAAGAUGUGAGACAGGAGAGAGUGAAUUACAGCUUUAUUUAUAUAACUUUAUUGUCCAUUCAAAAGUGUGGAAAUUUGUCUUUAAGGUGUUGGGAUCUUGAUGCAAGCUCUAGUCUAGUCCAGCAGACUAAACUACCUAGUCUAUCUCUAGUUUAGUAAAUGCUCCAGUCGUAAAAAGUAGUUUGUAAAUGCCAGUUUGUGUGUUUUGUAAUUUUGUGUAAUAUCUAUUUGCCUUUUAAGCUAGAAAUUGAAGAAGAUGGGAGGCUUUUAAUAUUGGUUUGCCCUGCAGCGGGACAGGUGAGCAUUACUGCACCAGCAUACAAUACCACAAUAAUCUACAACGAUCUUCCCGAAACAAGACCAACUUCUCAAAAUAUUGCCAGCAGCUAACAAGAGCACAAAAAUAAUCCCUCCAGACCUGAUGGCACUCCUUGUGACCUCAUAUAGCUUUCAUUCUGAGUGCACACAAUACUUUCACUUUCAGUAGCUACUGUAUUUAUCUGAGCUUUGUAAAUACUAUCAUUAGAGCUGAGCAAGGGCACAGAACAGACAUCUCUCAGGUACCCCAGGAGUGUGGGAACUAUGGCUAACAAUGGAAGCAAGACAGAUGCCACUUCAAGUGGAAAACAGACUGGAAAUAUCACUGAGUCUUUGGAAGUGGAGACCCAUAAAUACAAUAAAAUGAGGAGUGAAGCGAUUGUUUCGAAGAAACAAAAUGGCGAAGUGGUUUACCCUCACAAAUUCCACGUGAAGAUGUCUCUCAUGGAGUUUAUCGAGAAGUACGCAAACCUCAAAGCAGAAGAGCAUCUGACGGAUGUGGUCACAUCCAUAGCAGGUCGAAUUCACGCCAAGAGAGAAGCCAGUAGCAAGCUUCUGUUUUAUGACAUCAGAGGAGAAGGUGUAAAGUUACAGAUCAUGGCAAACGCCAAAUUUUACGCGUCCGAGGAGCAGUUUGUGGAGAUGAGCAGGGAAUUGCACCGCGGGGACGUUGUCGGAGUGGAAGGAAGCCCCGCCAAGACCAAGAAGGGCGAACUGAGCAUCAUCCCCGUGCGGCUCCAUCUGCUGUCCCCCUGCCUGCACAUGCUGCCCCACCUGCACUUUGGCCUGCGGGACCAGGAGAAAAGGUAUCGCCAGCGUUACCUUGAUUUGAUCCUAAAUGAUUCAGUGAGGCAAAAGUUCAUUACAAGAGCUAAAAUUAUUCAAUACCUACGGAGCUUUCUGGAUAAUAAAGGAUUUCUGGAGGUGGAGACCCCCAUGAUGAACAUGAUUGCUGGGGGGGCUGCGGCCAGGCCGUUCAUCACCCAUCACAACGAGCUGAACAUGGACCUGUACAUGAGGAUUGCUCCUGAGCUCUACCUGAAGAUGCUCGUUGUGGGAGGCCUGGAUAGAGUGUACGAAGUCGGGCGCCAGUUUAGAAACGAAGGCAUUGACCUGACCCACAAUCCAGAGUUCACCACAUGUGAAUUUUACAUGGCCUAUGCUGACUACAACGACCUGAUGGAAAUCACUGAAGAGCUGCUGGCAGGCAUGGUUCUGCAGCUCACAGGCGGCUACAAGAUAACAUACCAUCCUGCAGGCCCUGAAGGCGAGGUGGUAGAGAUCGACUUCACUCCGCCCUUCCGCAGGAUCAGGAUGAUGGAGGAACUGCGGAAGGUGCUGGGAGUCAGUCUCCCUGCGGCAGACGCAUUGGACAGCGAAGAGUCCCGCCAGUUUCUAGAGAGACUUUGUCAAGAAAAAGGACUGGAAUGCAGUGCUCCCAGGACCUCGGCAAGACUUUUAGAUAAGCUGGUUGGAGAGUUCUUAGAGGUCUCCUGCAUCAAUCCCACCUUCAUCUGUGAUCAUCCACAGACCAUGAGCCCUCUGGCAAAAUGGCACCGUUCUGAGGCAGGCCUGUCUGAGCGGUUUGAGCUGUUCGUCAUGAAGCACGAGCUGUGUAAUGCCUACACAGAGCUCAAUGAUCCCCACGUACAGCGGCAGCUCUUUGAAGAACAAGCCAAGCAAAAAAGCUCCAGCCAUGCUGCAAUACUGACCACACAAGACUGUACAGAACAUGUAUACGCCACAUCGACAGGCAAAACACGCCGGUGACACUGAAGCGAUGAGCGUUGAUGAAGACUUCUGUACAGCUUUGGAAUUCGGCCUCCCACCAACAGCAGGGUGGGGAAUAGGGAUCGACCGUCUAAC